AUGACAUCACCAAAUAAUCCAUAUGUAAGCACAUAUAGCUGGAGAAUUCCUAAUUUUCAGAAAGCGAUAAAAGAAUAUUCACACAGAAGAUAUUUUUAUAGCAAAAAGUUUUGGGUUCCUUAUACCAGUUUAUGGCGACUAAAGGUUUACCCUAAUGGUAAUCAACAAACUAAUUUUGUUGAUAUAUUUCUUGAAGCUGUGCAAACACCUUAUGAAUAUCAUAAUAAGAUAUUAACUCGAGGGCGGAAUUUUAGAUUACAAGUAGAAAUAAUUGAUCAUGUCUCGCAAGAUACAAACAAUUCUAAUGGAACUGGUAACAUAGUACACUUGGUUGAUUUACCUUCGAAUUCAAGAUAUAUGGGAUAUCAAUUUGGAUUCGAUAAUUAUAAAGAUUAUGGAUAUAAUCGAUUUUUAUCGUUUACCAAAUUAUUUCCAGAUGAUAAUAAACUAAAAGAAUUUGAUUUAGUUUUUCAUCUAUUAUUAUUCAAUGAUUAUAAGCAUAUGGAUAUCGGUAAAGGAUAUGAAUGUAAAAUGGAAAAAUUUUUUGAGAAUGAAACAUUGGCUGAUAUAGAAAUCCUUUUGGAUUGUGGUACUAGAAUUAAAGCUCAUAAAGUUAUUUUAAUCGCUGGUUCAACUUAUUUCGAGAAAAUGUUGCAAGGUGGAUGGAGAGAGUCUACAUCCGAAUGCGUUAGAAUACAUAAUAUAGGAUAUAAAGCUUUUAGGGUCAUUUUAUUUUAUAUUUACGGAAAUAAAUUGAUGGAUGUGAAUUAUGACCUUGAAUUGAUGAAAGAAAUUUACAUGCAAACUGAUAUGAUGGGAUUAAUAGAAUUGCUGAAAUUGGUGGUUAAUCAUAUGUGUGGAAUGGUGAACGAAUUGAAUUUCGAGGAUAUAUUAAAGUUUUGUCGGAAUAAAGACCAUUGUAUACCACUAAAGGAAUCGGCUUUAAAUUUUGUGGGCGCAUAUGUAAAAGCAGUUAAAUUAGGUAAAAACAUGGAGCAUAUUGAAAAAUCAGAAAAUCAUGAAGUCGUUGCUUAUAGCAAGCUAUGGGAGAAUGAAACUGAAUAA